AUGCAAUAUGCCAAUUGUGGUAACCUUCAAAAUUAUCUCGAAAAGAAUUUAAAAGAUCUUCAUUCUAAGAGCAUAGUUAUUCAUGAUGAUAAUGCCAAAAUCACAGAUUUUGGUAUUUCAAGAAAUAUGAAUACUCAAAAUUCCAGUAUUCAUAUCGGUAAUUUUGGUAGGAUCCGAGAUCGUGAAAUUGCUGUAGAAAAUACCCCUAAGCUUUAUGAAGAACUUUAUAAAAAAUGUUGGGACACAAUGCCAGAGAAAAGACCGAGUAUUAGAAAAGUAUUAGACGAUCUUGAAAAAAUUAUUGAAGAGAAAAAGCCAAUCGCUAUAGAAGUAUCAGAAGAAUCUAAAAAAAUAUGUUUUGAAGAUCAUCACUCAUAUCCUAAGGAAACGGAUAUUGAUGUUUCAACUAGAGGUGUUUAUUAA